AUGGCUCGUUCUCUCAUUACUUCUGAUCCCGACGCUCGACCCGAACACUUCCGAAAUCUAUUUGAGGAAUGUCUCUUUGUGUUUAUGGUUAUGAUGGCCACAGCUUCCACAACAUUCCUUCAAGGCGUCGUCGUUAUCAACACCGCUACGAUUGCAAGGGACUUGAUCAUGACUCCAGCCCAGGUCACCUGGAUAUCUGCAGCCAUUGGUCUUGCGAGUGGCUCUUUCAUGCUAUUCUUCGGCAAGACCGCCGACCUUAUUGGCCGCAAACUCCAACUUCUCGCUGGCAUGGCAUUCCUCAGUGUUACAUCCCUCGCAACGGCUUUUGUUUCUAGUCCAAUCGGUUUGAAUGUACUCUGCGGCUUUCUCGGUCUUGGCACGGCAGUCAUCUCACCCCCAGCCGUUGGAACCUUGUUCGCUACAUACCCAGAAGGUCAAAGACGGAACAAGGCAACGGGAGCCCUUGGCUGCGGAAAUCCUAUCGGCUUCAUAUUAGGAAGUGUCUCGUCGGGGAUUGUCACCAAAUACUUCUCCUGGAGAGCUUCGUUCAUCGUCGUCGCCAUUUUCUUCGCGAUCAUAACUGUGUCUUCGUUCUGGACAAUGCCUCCAACCCCGAGAGCUGGCUCGCUGUGUUCAGAGGCAAAGCAAUUCGAUUAUCUAGGAACAGUCCUCACCAUCCUUGGUUUUGCUCUCGUAUCGGCGGCACUGACAGAAGCCCCAGAACUCGGCUGGCAAUCCCUCCAAGUUGUUAUGAUGUUCUUGUUUGGUUUCAUCUGCCUGGUCGGCUUCGCGACCUGGGAGAAUUACUAUCCAUUUCCACUUCUGAAUCCAGUGGUGUGGAAGAAUAAAACAUACACUCUUUGCGUGUUGUGUGUCUUCUUCGGAUACAUGUCGUUCAUUACCAAUCUAUUUUGGAUCUCGCUGUACAUGCAAGAUGUACAACACUUGUCUCCUCUUCAUAUUGCUGUGCAACUACUCCCACAGGCCUUCGUUGGUUUCAUUUGGAGUUAUAUUGGCCAAGCACUGGUAUCGAAAAUACCUGGAAAGAUAAUCAUGGGAAUUGGCGCCAUGGCUUAUUUAGUUGGAGCAGCUCUUCAGAUCUUCGUGAGGCAGGACACGAGUUACUGGAUGAUUUUAUUUCCAUCGCUGUGCAUCACCGUCAUCGGGGCAGAUUUCCAGUUCAUCGUAUCGAACCUCUAUAUCUCAAAACAAAUGCCUACGCAAUCAUCCCUCGCUGCUGGCGUUCUCCAGACGGUAAUGCGCGUUUCUAUAUCAAUUGGCCUGGCCAUCUCGGCCGCAGUCUAUGGAAGCGUCGCACAAACGCCGAAAGGGAGAGAAGACGUGAACCUGCCAUUUGAACGCGCAUAUCUCUGCUCGCUCAUGUUCGCCGUCGUCGGACUACUGUUUGUCCCUUUCAUGAAAAUCGAA